UCCAGUGGACUAGACCUCAUGAUCAUAUGUUCCAGACUAUAUAUUUAACAUCCGGUUCUCUUCAAAGUAUUUGAAUUCGGUCCAAGAAGCAGACGGCAAUCAGUGUUGCGUGCUGCACAACCCACAAAACACAUAACGACCGGACAAAAAGGACACGAUGCACUCCUCGCUCAUGGGCCUCGUGGCCGCCGCCGCCGCUGUGGUCGCCACGGCGGUCCCGCGGCCGCCUCACAGCCACGCCGUGGCCGGCACCGGGGCGGUCAAGUGUCCGCUGGUGUUCGACGGGCGCGUCAAGGCGGCGACAGAGCUGUCCGACUUUGACAGCUACGGCACGUCGCUAUUCAACCCGGACUAUGUCAAGGGCCAGAGCCUCAAAUGGAGCGACAUCAUCAAGUUUCCCGCGAGUGCCGGCAGCGCGCGCUUCGACGACGCCGCCCAGCACAAGCCCUUCGAGGUCACCAUCAGCGACUCGAGCAUCUUCCAGACCCAGAAGGGCUUUCGCCGUGCUGGCCUGCAGUUCCAGGGCGACACCAACAACGACAGUCCGGCCACGAAAGGCAUCAAGACGAUCCACUUCAGCGUCAAGUGGGAUGCCCAGCGGGCGCUGAAUCUCAGCCACGAGUAUUUGAACGUCUGGCAUGAGGCCGCCGACUACUCGGCGAAUCAGUUCAACUUCGAGGCGGGCGCCAUCCUGGGGCAGUCGGGCCUCGCGCGGGACACCUGGAAGGUGCUUGACCGCAAGAACAAGCAGAUCUGGUCGACGCCGAUCCUCAAGACGGACUGGCAGAACUUUGCCAUCACGCUGGACUUUAACAAGAAUACGCUCCAGGUGUACUACUCCAAGGGCGACGACGCGCUCAAGAGCGUCACCAGCGCCGUGUCCAACGACAACUCGGGCGGCGGGCAGUACCAGAUCGGAAUCCUGAAGAAGCCCACUGGCACGAGCGACGUAGUCAAUGCCGGCUAUCAAGAAAGCCGGCUCAACGAAGGCCUCAUCUACGGGAGCUUGUUUAUCGAGGACAGCGCCAGCGCCUGUAUUUCCUUGUAGAUAGAACUGGGCGUCGAUUGUUGUGUGAGACUCCUCGAUCUACCCGAGUCCCAACGGCAGCAUCCCGUACAUGUACAGGGCCCGAGACUUGUGUUGGCCUUUCAAAAAAGAAUAAAUAUUCCAUUAUUAGCCGACAUAUUUCCUCAGUGGAAACAAAUAGGUCUGUCUAGAUCGACACAAAUUGUGCCCCAC